AUGGAUAUUGACUACGACUUGUACGACUACAAACUAGUAAAGUUUCUUGAAGAGUCUGUCGACGUGGUCCUGCCACAUGUCAUCGACAUAGUUUACAAAGAUUGGGUCUACUUCAAUACUAAACUGGGUGUCUGCGAAACACGUUUUCCACCUCCGCCAUACGGAGCCAUAAAGAGCAAAUAUUUAUUUAAAAAACUGAUUGAAAAAUCAGAAGCACCCGCAAAUUGGGAAUCAUAUGAAAUCGAAAUUGUCGGUCAUGCAAAAUCGUACAAUGAAGCACUUGAGCGACUACAAGAAUUAAGGAAGAAACCAUUUGCUUUCACUGACAAUGAAAAUGCUUCCAAGAAAUCCGAAGCUAUGAAACGAGAACUUCAACGCCGGGCAAACGCUGCAGCUUUGAAUGAAAAGAAAGCAGACGAACACUUUAGUGAUAAUGUUUGUUCUUUGAGCGAAAUAGAGACAGAGGCGGAUGAACCAUCCUCAAGCAAAAGGAAAGAUAAACAAUUUAUUUCCAAAUUUAAGAAUCCAAAUCGAAAAAGUAAGAAUUGA